UGGUGGGAUUCCCUGCAAAGAAUCUAAAUGACUAAAUCCAAAUCCAGGAUAUAAAGAUAUCACACCUAUCAUCAUUUCAUUUGUUUCUUCUCCCCUUCCAUGAACACUACUUUCUCCCUCUUCUUCCAUAUCUUUUGAUUAAUUCUAGCUAUCAUAGUUUUAAAAAAUUCAACCAUGCGCCUCUUCUCUUUCCCACACUACAAAUCCUUUUGGAGAUCUUCAAUUGCAUUUGCAUUUUUCUUAACAUUUCUCACUCUCCAAACCCAAUCCACUCCAAUCCCAUGCAACAAGGACCCCUACAAGGAGCUCAACCUUAUCCCUAACAAAAACGGCACCGUCACGCGCCCCAACAAACCCCCCGAGAGCCCGCCCGCACCGGAUCCCAACCUCAACACCCUCGUACUCUCCAAAGACAUCUCCAUCAACCAAUCAAAAGGCACAUGGGCGAGAGUCUACCUACCCCGCGUGGCACUGGAUCACAGCUCCAAGCUCCCCUUAUUGGUUUUCUACCAUGGGGGAGGGUUCAUUUUCCUCGGUGCGGCCUCAACAAUCUUCCACAAUUUUUGCUUCAACAUGGCAAACGACGUCGUUGCGGUCAUUGCUUCCAUCGAAUACCGUCUGGCACCAGAACAUAGACUACCCGCGGCAUACGAGGAUGCCGUGGAGGCACUGCAGUGGAUCAAAACCAACAAAGAUGAUUGGCUGACAAACUACGUCGAUUACUCCAACGUUUUUCUCAUGGGGAGUAGUGCCGGAGGAAACAUAGCCUACAACGCGGGUCUACGAGCAGCCACGGUUGAUGGUACUUAUAAUCAGAUUCCCAAGAUCAAAGGGCUUAUUUUGGUUCAACCAUUUUUCAGUGGGACCCAAAGAACCGGUUCUGAGCUGAGGCUAGAGAACGAACCUCAUUUGGCGCUGUGUGUUAAUGACGCGUUGUGGGAGUUAUCGUUGCCCGUUGGAGUUGACCGUGAUCACGAGUAUUGCAAUCCAACGGCAGGGAAUGGUCCUAAGAGAUUGGAAAUUAUCAAACGGCGUGGAUGGUGGGUGCUGGUUACCGGCUGUGGCGGUGACCCACUUGUGGAUCGUCAGGUGCAACUUGUGAGGUUGAUGCAAAGGAAGGGAGUGAGAGUUCUGGGGCAUUUCACACCAGGGGAUUAUCAUGGGGUUCAAGAUAGUGACCCAUUGAAGGCAAGGGAGCUAUAUGGGGUAAUUAAAACUUUUAUUUCAGCUUUAAAUUAAUGUUCAUUGCUCAAGAGUACUUAGAGUAAGAAUUUCUUGUAAUUGCAUCAUUUAAUGAGUGAGAGAAAUAAAUAUUGGAUAUAGACAUUUUAAACUCCACUUAUCCCAUUUUUUUCCUUUCUAUGUUAAGUGGUCAUGAUGUGUGAAGUUUGUUGUUGAGAAUUGAAGUCUCGUUUUGUGUCUUGCUUGCUAGUUCCCUGCUUGAUCUUUCAGUAGAAAACUUCAAAUUAUUAAUUGUAAGCUAUAUAAACAUUUGAUUUUUGCACUUUA